AUGGCGCCAACCUUCUGCGCCGGCCCCGCCGCAUCCGCGGCAGCAAACCCUAGCUCCGCCGGCUGCCGACCCCAGAGCCUAGCUCGGCCUGGCGUGCUGUCUGCUUGCUGGCGGCCCGGCAGGCCGAUUCCCGCCUUCCUCUCCCUCCGGCGCCCCAAUGCCGAGCUGCGGCCGCUACGCGUCGCCGCCGGCUCCGGCGUUGACCCGAAGGUUGUCAAUGGGGAAGAUUUUCCUCCCAUGAAGGACCUAAUUCAACUAUACAGGACAGCUUUUCUAGAAGGAAAUGAUGAGGUUCUUGGUGAAGUUGAGAAGGCAAUCACUGCUGUGGAAAAAGAGAAGAGUAAGGUAGCUUCUCAAUUUGAAAGUGUUACAGCCGAAAUAACUUCCGGGAAGGAAAAGUUUAUUCGCUUAAAUGCCGAUCUGGAGAAUUUCCGGAAACAGACUGAAAAGGACCGUGCAAAGUUUACAUCAAAUAUACGGGUGGAAGUUGUUCAGAGUCUGUUACCUCUGAUUGAUAGUUUUGAGAAAACGAAUUUAGAGAACACCCCAGAGACUGAGAAGGAGGCAAAGAUCACCACAAGCUAUCAAGGCAUAUACAAGCAGUUGGUUGAAACACUAAGAUAUUUGGGUGUAGGAGUUGUGGAAACAGUUGGCAAGCCAUUUGAUCCUUCGGUCCAUGAGGCCAUCUCACGAGAAGCAUCCAUGCAAUUCAAGGCAGGGAUUGUCACGCAUGAAGUCCGCAGAGGGUUCCAUUUGAAGGAGAGGCUGCUAAGGCCUGCUACUGUGAAGGUCUCUACUGGCUCUGGCAAACAAAGCGGAAGCUCAUAG